AUGAGUUAUAAAGAUGAUAGAGAGGACUCUGAAGGGCGCGAUCAUGAACGUGAUCGAGAGCGGGACCAUGAUAGGGACUACAGCCGGGAACGUGACCGUGAUUAUAGCCGAGAUCGUGACCGUGAAUAUAGCCGGGAUCGAGACCGUGACUAUAGCCGGGAUCGUGAUCGGGACCGCGGCAGGGACCAUAGUCGAGAUCGGGACAACGACAGGGAUCACAAGAACGAUGGAACAACCCUGUAUGUGUCAAACUUAAGCUCAAAAAUAACGACGUCCAAACUGCAAGACAUAUUUGAAGAGUACGGGACUAUAGAAAAGUGUUACGUAAUCAGUAACCCGAUCACCAGAGAAUCCCGCAACUUUGGAUUUGUCACGUUCAACAAUCCCGAUGACGCGAAUAACGCCAUGAUCAAGGCCAACAAAAUGGACAUUGAAGGACGUAUUAUUAACGUAGAAAUAGCCAAGCGAAACGAGCCGCACGAUCCAACCCCGGGAGAGUACAAGGGAAUUCAAAAUAUGAUGAAAAGAAACGGAAUGAGGUACGAUUUUUACGGCAGAAGGUACGACAGACCAUUUGACAGAAGGAGAUACGACUCAAGAAGGCCGUACCCAUACUACCGAGACCACGGCCAAAGUUUCGGCUACCAUCGCAACAGCUCCUACAGACACUACGACAGAUAUGGAAGGAAUGCAUACGAUGACCAUAGACAUUACGAUCGAAGAUCCAUAGACGAUAAGUACAACAGGAGGGAUGAUUAUUACAAAAGAGACAACAGGCACAGUGGUGACGAAAGGGAUUACUCCAGGGAUGACAGUAGAAGAAAGAAACGAUAUGAACGAAGUAGAAGAUCAUCCAGUAAUUCGAAUAACGAGAGGAGACACUACAGGAAUAAUUCUCCAAUCGAAAGAAGCCCGCACCAUAGAAGGUAGUGAAAUCACAGCAGAAACAAAUUGUGGACCGUAUGCCAAAAUAUUUGUACACUAAAAGCAAACAUCCAGAUUAUGUUUCCCGAAAUAAGAGAGAUGGUUUCAUAUGUCUGUAUAUUUUUUAAUCCCAUGACAAUUUUUUCUUUUUUUCCAAAACGAAUAAAUCGAUAUGUUUGAAUUGAAUGUUCAUAAAAAUUCAAAUUUUUAAAUUUUUAAAUUUAAGUACGCACAAACACAC